CAAGAAAUCAUGCCUAUAUAUACAGCUAAGUUUGGGUUCAUUAGUUUUGCAUUGCCAGAUAGCAAAACACGUCUAUACGGAAAUGUUUACUCCUUACCUGAUGACAAAAAAAAAAGGAUUAUCUCCACAACUUGUGGCUUUAAUAACCGCACUAACUGUAGAGCAUUAUAGCUUAUAUAUAUAAGUAGAUAGAAAUAAAGACGUUUUGAGGAACCAAAAACAAACAUAUUUUCCAAAAACCAACAAUGGCGACGGUGAUAAACAAGCAAGUCUUAUUACGUGAUUACGUUACCGGUUUCGCAAACGAAUCCGACCUUGUAAUCACAUCCACCAACGUCGAUCUUAGGGUGCCAAAGGGAUCUAUGACGGUUUUGGUGAAGAAUCUCUUCUUGUCUUGCGAUCCUUACAUGCGAAAUCGUAUGAGAAAGCCUGAUCCUUUGAGCCCUGCUACAGCUCAGUCCUUCACUCCCGGCAUGCCAAUCUCAGGGCUUGGAGUGUCUAAAGUGAUAGAUUCAGGGCACCCUGAUUACAGAGAAGGUGACUUACUCUGGGGAGCAGUUGGAUGGGAAGAGUACAGUGUUAUUACCCCAAUUCCUAAUCUUCACUUCAAGAUCCAUCAUACCAAUUUUCCCUUAUCUUACUACACCGGACUUCUUGGUAUGCCUGGUAUGACCGCAUACGUUGGCUUUUAUGAGAUCUGUUCUCCUAAGAAAGGAGAGACCGUGUUUGUGUCAGCUGCAUCUGGUGCGGUUGGUCAGCUUGUUGGACAAUUUGCUAAGAUGAUGGGUUGUUAUGUUGUUGGAAGUGCCGGUAGCAAAGAAAAGGUUGAUCUCCUCAGGAACAAGUUCGGAUUCGAUGAUGCCUUCAACUACAAGGAAGAGCAUAAUCUAGUUGCUACUUUAAAGAGGCAAGUAAAGAUUUUGUUACAUCCACAAAAUAAGAUCAAAGUAAUAGCAUUUAGUAUGUCAAUUAAACCUAUUAAAAGAUUCUCUCUUUUUUCUAGGUGUUUCCCUCAAGGCAUUGACAUAUACUUUGAGAACGUUGGAGGCAAAAUGCUUGACGCAGUGAUCCUAAACAUGAGACCACACGGACGUAUAGCUGCAUGUGGGAUGAUCUCGCAGUACAAUCUACAGAAUCCGGAAGGCGUAUACGGCCUCUCGCUCAUCACAUACAAACGCAUCCGUAUUGAAGGGUUUAACUGUUUUGAUUACUUCCACAAGUACUCAGAAUUCUUGGAGUUUGUGGUUCCGUAUGUAAGAGAAGGGAAGAUAACGUAUGUGGAAGAUGUUGCUGAAGGGUUAGAGAGUGCUCCUGCUGCUCUCGUUGGACUCUUUCACGGUAAGAACGUUGGGAAACAACUUGUCGUGGUUUCUCGUGAUCUUGAAUGAGAAAAAAAUGAGAGUUUGUUCCGUAAGUUAUGGUGUUAAUUCUUGUCUCCAAAGCCUGGAUUAGUCUUUUGAAGUAUAUGUAUGAGUAAAGUUUACAAAGGACAUAAGUUGUAACUGGUGAGUCCUUCUGGUUCAUCGUGUGAAAUUUCUUCUGCAUCUAGAGAUCAUGGUUCGAAUUGUCAUUAUGUAAUAAUUUGGCCAAAUUAUGAAAUAAAUACACUUGUGUUAUAUGGUUUUUGUUACAGAAUGAACAACUCAUUCAGACGUGAAGUGAUUAACGUGAUGAUGUUAAACCUAAUUUAUCAAAUUAUAACCGAAAGCAUUUCGUCGAACACCUUAAAUGCAUUCUUUUACCGUUGAGUUGUUGUAUGAACAGGCCUGACAGUGACACGCUUGGUUGGCCAAACAAUAAUACAAAA